CAGUGACAGAUGCAACACAGCGACAAGUCAAGGUGAAUGCCAUUUAUCUCUGGCAGGAUCGUGCCACUGUGACCCACGCAUGUGAUCUGCUUUCACUAUUAGUGAAGCAUGAGCUCCUUAAAAUCUCGCCUGCUGGAAUAUCUACAUAGUUGCAAAUUACCCCCUAAGGAUUUGUGAAAGCAACAUAAGGACUGUCUCUCAGUCUAACAACUCAGUCUAGCAAGGUGGCGUGAAAGCUCAGUGUCAGACAUGCAAAAAAAUAACCAGAAUCAUCUCAUGAGACAAAGGGAAGUGAUCAGAUGCAGACUGAAGAAACUGAAUGGCAAGCAAAAUGAAAUCAAAUCAAAGUCCUCUGCGAUGAGAGAAAGGAUAAUGAAGAAGUAUGAAGAGAUGCGGAGAGUUCUGGAGGAGGACUGUAGGAUCUCUCUGUCCUUCCUGGAGAUGGAGGAGACGGCUGCGGUUCGAGCGCUGGACAAUCUCAUUGAGACAAACGGCGUCCUCCUCAGAGACAUUGAGGUUCAGCUGAAUGAAGGGAUGAUGGACAGUGAAAUACAGCUUGGUGACAGGGUCACAAUGUAUGAGGACAGGGUGCUGGAAUUGUUAACAGUGACAGAUCCAGGUCUCAUAAAACUUGAUGAGGCCAAGUCAGAUCAGCUACUGGGCCUCACCAACAAUUUACUACUGUUUAUCCGCUCACAGAUCCCAAUUGCUAAGAGGCUGCUGAAGAGCUAUUCCUCAGAAGCGGUCCUGGACCCUUCCACUGCCCAUCCCAAGCUGAUCGUUUCUUCUGAAGGGGACUGUGUCACUUUCACAGAUGUAUGGCAAGAUGUCCCUGAGCAUGACGGACGUUUUGACACCACCCUUAACGUCUUGAGCACCCAGCGCUGGGAUUCUGGUCUCCAUUACUGGGAGAUAGAUGUGAGUGGAAAGAUCUAUUGGGAACUGGGUCUCACCUACCCAUCCAUCUCAAGAAAAGGCCAAAAGGAGGACUGCUGGUUGGGCCGGCAUGCUGAAUCUUGGUGUCUGGAGUAUUUUGACGGAGACUACAAUGCCUGGCAUGGAGGUACUGCUCAUCCGUUGCCCAUUUCUACCUGCUUCCAUCGGAUAGGAAUCUUCUGCAGCUUUCCUGGAGGUCUGGUGACAUUUUUUGGGGUGGAUACCAUGACACCGCUGUACUCAUUCUGUGCUGGGACAUUUACAGACUCUCUACACCUGGCUCUUUGUCCAGGUCACGAUCUUCAGGGGACAAACUCAAAGCCUAUAAAAAUCUGUCGAUCUUAAUCAUCUUUGAAACAAAUACCUCAUAUUUAAAUGCAUAUUGUAGCAUUUAGAAGAUAAAGUAGACCUCCCUAGCACAGGGUUGUUUGAUUCCACUCUGACUUUGUGUAGAUUAGUUUUUUUAGUUUGUAUUUACAGAUGUAAAAAUAAAAA